GAGCCGAAGUCAGACACUUAACCAACUGAGCCACCCAAGUGCCCAUUUUAAACAUUUUACAAAAGGUUUGAUGCUAAAACAUUGAUGAACUUUGGAAACCGUAUGCUGAGUGAAAGAAGCGAGACACAAUAGCUACAUGUUAUAUGAUUCCAUUUGUGUGAAAUGUCCAGAAUAGUCAGAUCCGUAGAGACAGAUCAAUACAGACAGAAGGUACGUGAGUGGUCUGCCAGGGCUGAGAGGGAGGGGAAUGGAGAGUGACUGCUGAUGGGUGUGGGUUUUCUUUUAGGGGGCACGAAAUAUUCUAAAAUUGACGGGGAUGAUGGUUGCACGCUCUGAAUAUACAAAAAAACAAAAACCCACUGCACUGUACACUUUCCUUAUUUAUUUAACUUGAAGCAGUGAGUCUUACCGGUGAAAUUCCAGGCAAGUCUGGUGUGUGGACGGCAGCACAAGUCUCAGCUGCCUCAUAGAGGUAUCUGUUUACUCUGGCUAAAAUCAGCCCACUAGUGUGGAUUUGCCAAAAUAUUUUUUAAAUAAAUAUAAACCGUAUACCCUGUAAAAGGUGAGCGGAUUCUAUCUCAAUAAAGCUGUUAUUUUUUUUAACGGUGUAAGGCACUUCAUGAGGAUCACAGGUGCUCAGGGAGGCUCGGUGGCCCGGACGCUCCUGGAAGAUGGGACAUUCAGGGUCCGAGUGGUCACUCGAGACCCUAGGCAGAGGGCAGCAAGGGAGCUGAGGCUGCAGGGUGCAGAAGUGGUGCGGGGAGACCAGGAUGACGAGGCCAGCAUGGAGCUGGCCCUGACCGGGGCCCAUGCUACCUUCAUCGUGACCAACUACUGGGAAAACUGCAGCCAGGAGCAGGAGGUCAAGCAGGGAAAGCUGCUGGCCGAUGUGGCCAAGCGCCUGGGCCUUCGCUACGUGGUCUACAGUGGCUUGGAGAACAUCAGGAAGCUAACGGCCGGGAGGCUGGCAGCGGGCCACUUUGACGGCAAAGGGGAGGUGGAGGAAUAUUUCCGGGACAUCGGAGUUCCCAUGACCAGUGUGCGGCUGGCCUGCUAUUUUGAGAACCUGCUCUCCUACUUCCUGCCCCAGAAAGCUCCGGAUGGAAAGAGCUACUUGCUGAGCUUGCCCAUGGGUGAUGUGCCCAUGGACGGCAUAUCUGUGACCGACCUGGGUCCCGUGGUGCUAAGCCUGCUGAAGAUGCCAGAAGAAUACAUCGGCCGGAACAUCGGGCUCAGUACCUGCAGGCACACGGCGGAAGAGUAUGCCGCCCUGCUCUCCAAGCACACUGGCAAGGCCGUGCGCAGUGCCAAGACGACCCCAGAGGACUACGAGAAGUAUGACUUCCCUGGCGCCCGAGACCUUGCCAACAUGUUCCGUUUCUAUGCCCUGAAACCUGACCGUGACAUCGAACUGACCCUGAGACUCAACCCCAAGGCCAAGACGCUGGACCAGUGGCUGGAGCAGCACAAAGGGGACUUUGCUGGGCUCUGACCCUGCCAUCUCUCAGCCCCGUCUGGGGGCACAGGAGAUACAGUCACAGUGAUCCGUUCUCGUGUUGCAAAAAGUUAUUUUUUUAAAUAAAGGCCAUUGUUUUCACA